UUCAGACUUCACUUCCAUCAAGACCCUGCGCCGGUACGUCUUCACUCACGCGCAAUGGCCUGGUGAUUUAUCUCUUUCUUUUCACAAUCUGUUGGGGAGUCUUGUUUCGUCCCUCGAUGGGGAAUUCUUCUUUCUGCCAGAAGUGAUCCGUAGGCAAUGUUCGCCAAAUCAGAACUCCGUAGCGUUUCUUCGGGGUGCGGUAGAUAAGGUGCAAAGAACGAUCAGAAGACAUAUACAACAAGAUGGCGUCUGCAAGGUUUGGUGCUCCAGAGUUGCGGAAGCCGGCGGGCUCCCCGAAACCAAAAGGACGAGAGAACGCGAAGGAUACUAUGUGUCGCAAUGUUGUGAUUUAUGGACAUUGCCGCUAUGAAGACCAAGGUUGCAUAUUCAAUCAUGAUAUGAACAAGACAUCGACUUCUCAGAUAGAUGCAAAAAAAGCGUUGAACGUCGAUUCCCCUUCCUUUACACCAGGAACUUUGUCAGUUCCAGGGAAAAUCUCUUCACACGCAGCUAAUGCUGCACCAUUUACACCACGUGGACUCGUCAGUGGUACUGCCACUCCCAAUUCCCAGGCUGAACCUGAAACAAAUACUUUCAACAUUGCAGAGAUCAAAGAAUUCACUCCAAGGACCUUCGAUGCUUCACAGGCUCUAGGAUCCAACGGCAACACUGCUGACCAGGUUUCCUAUGACCCAUUCUCCAUGCAGAACUUGAAUCAAACCAUGCCUGCUGGCGCCUAUAAUCCAUAUCUAGAAGACAGCAAUAUCCCAACCAAUGCUGCAAAUUACUUUCAAGCUCAGACCGCUUUCGCGGCUCCUGCUCAACCUCUCCAAUAUCACCACUACGCACCUAUUGGUCCACACAAAGAGGAUCUUCUCGCAUACCAAAGACUUGCUCACGAUUUCUUCAUUCCCAAUGAUCUUCGCGAAGAACUUCAGAAGAAGUCCGAGGCCACUCGUCAGGUCAUGCCAAACUCCCAACUACCCGUUGUUGACCAUUAUCACACUUUGGUACCUUUAGAUACGAAUCAUCACAAGAAUGCCACCGUUUUUGGGUAUCCCAGCUGGGUCUACAAGGCUGUUUCUAGCAAGAAUGGCUACACCUGUGUGUUGAGGAGAAUCGAAGGGUUCCGCUUGAGCAACGAGCGAGCUAUUCAACAAGUCCGACUCUGGAAGCGGGCAAUCGAUAAUGGUGGCGUUGUGUCGGUUAUCGAUGCAUUUACCACAAGAGCGUUUGGUGAUAGCUCUCUCAUAUUCGUCUACGAUUACCAUCCAAUGUCAAAGACCUUGGUCGAACAACAUGCGCCAGCGACCACCAGAUACGGCAAUCGUGCUGCGAGUACGCACCCCAAAGAACAUGUACUUUGGGGAUACAUUGUUCAGAUUGCCUCUGCUAUCAAAGCCGUCCAUGAAGGUCAACUCGCUGUUCGGUGUAUGGAUCCUAGCAAAGUCCUCGUCACUGAGACCAAUCGUGUUCGGCUUGGUGCUUGUGGCAUCCUUGAUGUUACACGAUUCGAAUUGGACAAUAGAACAAUGGCAGAACACCAGCAAGAUGACUUUAUCCUUUUUGGAAGACUGAUCUUGGCAGUUGCUUCCAACAACAUGAGUCUGGCUUCUGUCAACGUACCACUGAAGGGUGCAGUUGAUCUCCUUAAUCGAACAUACAGCUCUGAGUUCAAGGAUACCAUCACUUGGCUGCUGACUCCAGCACAACCACCUGCCACAAAGGACUUCAACGACUUCCUUCGUGGGAUCUCCGGCCAUGUUAUGUCGUCUUUCAGCAAUUCUUUGCACGCGAACGACACAUUGACCUCACAUUUGUCCAGAGAGCUAGAGAACGGUAGACUCUUCCGUUUGAUUGCCAAGCUUGGUACGAUCAACGAGCGCCCCGAGUACGAAGGAAAUCCAAAGUGGAGCGAUGUUGGCGACCGUUACAUCUUGAAGUUAUUCCGAGAUUAUGUCUUCCAUCAAGUGAACGCAGAGGGCAGACCAGUUGUUAAUAUGGGACACAUCCUCGAGUGUAUGAAUAAGCUUGAUGCUGGAAGUACUCAGCAAAUCAAGCUAGUUAGCAGAGACGAGCAAGAUUGCUUUAUCGUCUCGUAUAAGGAGUUGAAGAAGCAAGUUGAGGCGGCUUUCCAAGAGUUGAUCAAACCAGAAUCUACGAAGAGAUAUUAGAGAUAAGGAGUAUGUGCGAGGGUAUACUGCAUUGCUUUGGGUUGAGCAGUUAGAUGGUGAUACGGAGGUUCCGUCUAUAAUAGACGGCUUAAGGGGCAGAUUAUCACUUGCGCAAGUGGAGGUGGAGAUCGAUGGCCAUGAGUGAAUACUUGAUAGCAAAACGCAAUAAAAAGAAUCAAAAAUACUCAGAUUCGGG